AUGUCCGAAGCCGAGGCAGUGAUCCGCAACCAGUCCGGCUAUAUCAACCACACGGCCAAGAAGGACUACGGGCCCUUGGAGUUUACUGGGAAAAUUGCUGGAGGCCUGAGGCUGGACUUGCGUAGGCGGCUGCCGCUCUACGCGAGCGACUGGACGGAUGCGUUCAAGCCGGAGAACUUCCAAAAGUCUUUGUCGUCCAUUCUCUACCUCUUUAUCGCAGCCUUGGCGCCCGCCAUCACCUUCGGAAGCCGCUUCUUGGACGGCACCAACGGCCAGUUUGGAGUGCUGGAAAUGAUUAUGUCGACAGCUGUCUCUGGCGUGAUCUUCUCCACCUUCGCAGGGCAGCCCUUGUCCAUCCUCGGAGCGACCGGUCCAUUCCUGGCGUACACCCUUGUGGUGUAUGACAUGGCGGUGGGUGCCGAUGUGGAGUUCAUGCCCUUCUACUUCUGGGUUUGCAUGUGGUGUUCGCUCUUCACCAUUUUGGUCGCGGUCUUCGACCUCUGUGCUCUCAUGAAGCAUGUGACCAUGUUCUCGGAGGAUAUCUUCGCUGGGCUGAUUUCUUUGAUCUUUAUCAUCGACGGAGUGAGGCAUUCCCCUGCUGCACGGCUUUCGACAGAGAAAGAUUUACUGCUGCAGUGCUCGAAGCACAGCUUGCAAAAGCAAGUUUGGAGUGUCACCAGACCAAGACUUGCGAAAGACCCACUGGUGAAUCCGAUUCUUGAGGAAAGGCGAACCGUCUUUACAGCCACCGUCGUCGCGAUGGGUGCGAUUGGCCUUCGCACUGAUGAGGCUGGAGUCAUGGUUGGUGCUGCUCACAGUUUGGCUGCUUACCACGUGAUUGCUCAUGAUGCUCCUCCUCGCGCCUUCUGCGACUUCUGCAAAGGCAACGUCGUCCCGAGUUGGGGCCGCUUGGGUGGGAGUGUGCUUUCUUUGCCCGUUCCAGGAGGAGAGGAGCCGGCUGGCGAUGACGACGACGGGGAUGAUGCUGCCGGUGGGCAGCGCGUGGAGCGGGCGAUUGAUUCCUUGGCGGGCGUGGGUGUGCGCGUCCUCGGGUGUGGCGUCAUUGAAAAUUUGUUGAAAUUUGUUGAUGCUUUUACCUGGAUUUGGGACUCUGGGUUUACAAUGCGAUUGCGUGUGAUUGCACUCAUCUUCGCGACCAGUUAUUUUGGCUUCGUGAGCUGCAUCGUGUUCCUCAACACGACUCCUCACGAAUGUUUGAAAGGCGGCGCCCCGAGAGGUUUCUCUCCGAGACUUGAGAAGACGUUGACUGGCGCAACCAAAGGUUGGCUUCUUGCGUGCAAGGCUGAAACUCACUUGUUCUCUCCCGAGGCCACUGAUGGAUGUUUUGCUUUCUUUGAUGCUGACAAAAAGCAUUACACAGCCUUUGGUGACGUUGCAGAGGAAGAAUUUCAGGGCGGCGACGGCAAUGCUUCCAGACCCAGCUUGCAGCUCUUCGACUUGGCCUUCGAAGAAGAAGCGGCAAGCAUGCACAUUAGCCAUGCCGGCUGCAGGCCUAUCAUCGAGAACUUCUCGGAGAACAAGAUGAGCCUGACCAGUGCCAUGUUCGAGGCCCUGCUCUUCAUGUACACUUUUGGUUUGGCGACCUACCUGUCCCACUUCCGCCGCACGCCUUGGCUGCUCCGGCCCAUCCGCAACCUCAUGGCCAACUUCGCAGUGACCAUCUCCCUGGUCACGGCUUCGGCCCUGGCAGCGAUCUAUUCCAGCGACACGAACCUGAGGAUGCUGAGCGUCGACGCGGACUUCUCCCCGAACCUCGUCUUGUCGGAUGGCAGCAAGCGGCCCUGGGUCGUGAAUCCCAUGGGCAUCGAGCGCUCUUUCCCGGCCUGGGCCAUUGCUUACGCGAUACUGCCAGCAAUUGGUUUCGCCGUGCUGGGAUACCUGGACCAGAACCUCACGUCUGUGAUCGUGAACAGGCCUUCCAACAACCUGCAGAAGGGGCCAGGCUAUCAUCUGGAUCUGUUUGUCAGGGGAGCUUUGACGCUGCCCGUUUGCGCCGUAUUGGGCCUGCCUCUGUCGGUGGCCUCGACGGUACCUAGCAUCACCCACGUGAUCUCGCUGACCACCUAUGAGGUGAAGCAGCUGCCGGAGGGCGAGCGCAAGGUACCGAGCAAGGUCGUGGAGCAGCGCGCGACGAAUUUUCUGAUUCACGUGCUUAUUGGCUGUGCGCUCUUCCUGGCGCCGGCGCUGAAGUUCCUGCCGCGGGCCGUGUUGCAGGGCGUGUUCUUCUACAUGGGCAUCGCAAGCUUGACCGGCAACAACCUUUUCGACCGCCUCUUCCUGUGGCUAAUCUGGGACCCGGCCAAGUACCCACAGUACCACUACAUCCAGAAGCUCCCCAUCCGCCGCGUGCACCUCUACACCCUGGUGCAGGUGGUCUGUCUGGGCAUCUUGUACGGUCUCAAAGCCAUCAAGGAGACUUCCGUUGUCUUCCCUUUCUUCAUGGCUUCCCUGGCCAUCAUCCGGAAGGCCAUGCGCUUCCUCUUCACGCAGGAGGAACUGGAGCUGCUGGACAGCCUCCCAGCUGAGGAGGAGGACGGCAAGGGGCUGAGCCCGGAGCAGCCGGACUUGGUCAACCUCGAGAAGUCCAAGGAGAACGAUGAGGGAGAGCCCGCGAAGGCCACUAUGGGGGUCUGA